AUGCCAUUGAGUGGGGAGGAUCAGACACUCUCUGCACGCCUCCUCACCCUGCCGGCUACGGAGCACGCCAUCCUUCUUAACCGCUUUAAGUUUUUGGAUCUUGUCCAGCGUGUGGCUGCGGCGGAUGUAGCGGAGAUGGUGCAGACAAUCGGUUUAGAGGCGCUCUCAUACAAGGGAGCACUGGAGAAGAUUCCACCAACAUUUGCAGUUGCGGCGGAUGCAACGAAGCCAGCUUUUGCGGAAAAACCCACGCGCCGUGGUAAGUUGUCACCCCCGCGCAAAGGUGCUCGGGCCGCAAAUGUCCCUACGGAGACCCCUCCCCGACGACAUCGUUUUCAAACACGUGAAAAAGAAUUACAAUUUAUUAACCGAAUGUCACAGCCACAAAAGGAUCGCGCCCUACCUGAAUUUUAUCUCCGCAAGCCCCCACGCGACCAGCAGGAAGAAAGGCUCAUGUAUGCGCGCAUGGAUUCGUCAUAUUCGCCUCUUCUUGAGGCGUACAAUGCGACAGCUGCCACUCCACCUAUUCACUUGAAAAAGAAUAAGCGGCGUCAUGAGCAAAGUGACAACGACGAUGACGACGACAACAAUGAUGAUGAUGAUAAUGUGGUUAUUAGCUCGAGCGGCGACAGGCUGGUUUCUGGUGGAGAGCCGCCAAAGGUACGGCUUGUUGCCCAGACGCCCACUCGUGGCGGCCGGCCUCCCCCACAGCCAUCUCCGCAUCGACUUGUAGAGCGACCUCCCAAGGAACCGAAACAUUCGGAUACGUACCCCGAGGUGAAAAAGAGAACGAGUACAUCCGGGGCCGAAGGAGUCUCCGUGGCAGGAGAACGAGAGGGACCAUUCCACGUUAAUGCAACGAAAAACGCUCCGACUCAGUACGAAGAAGCACCUCAAGCGAAACAAAAACAACAACCGCUACACUCAGAUGCCUGGCAGAACCCACACAUGGAGGUGAUGACGCCGCGGACGAUACAGAACCUUGCCAUGCGGCAUCGUGGUCAUUUUGCGCCAAAAGCAAAACCGAAAGCCGCAGCGGAAGUACCUCGGGUUCCGAUGGAAGUAAUACGUCAUGCCUCCGCAUUGUUGACAGGUAGAAGCGUGGCAUCAUCACCUUAUCCAUCCGGGCCACAGGACCCACAACAACCGGCAGUAAUUCCCACACACAGUGUAUCUUGGGAUGCGCAGAGUCCUCAAUUUCCUUCAGCCACGUCGCAAUUCCAACCACCAAAUUCUUCCGUGCAUCGUGGGAACAGAAAAGGUGACUCAGACAGUCAGCUUGGGCAAACAACACCUUGGACAACAUCAAUAACUCUCUCCGACGAAGUCCUUGCAGAACUUACUUUUACUGUGGAUAGCAUGCUAAGAGAUCAUCGAGCUGUGCUGGAUAGCAUUAUGAAGGAUAGAGAAGAUCCGCUUCCCCAAGUUCAGGAACUCAGUAAAGACACGGGGAAAGAAGUGCAUGGAGUUUCUGUCGAUAAUUCGGGGGGUAAUGUGAGCGGAAUCACUCAAAAGGUAAGAGGAAAACGUGCAAAAUUAGAUAUUACUCCUGAUGACGAAGAGUCUGCCCGCAUAUUGCAGCAAGCCCAUGACGCCUUAGAGGAUAUUAGUGAUGAUGAGGAUGAAUUGCUGUUGGUAAGUCGUCUCCAGCGGCAAUUGGGUGCGAUGGAUCGGGAGCUGGAAGCCAUUGAGCAGCGUGAUAAACAACAACAACAACAAUAUGGAUCGAUCAAGGGGGAGAAAGAGGAUCUUGAGGAUGGGGAUGACGAUGAACAGUUGAUACACCGGAAGGAAUCGCCCAAAGGAGACCGCCGUCAUGUGAGAAUUGAUGAUUCCAAGAAAACAGUCUCCGGGGGCGAUUUUAAUUUUGGUCGCGGGAAUUGUCGUCGUCGUCGUCGUGGUGAAAUGCCGCGUGCCAUUGUGGAGCGUCUGCGGUCAUCUCAGAAGGAGCACCAAGAGUACAUUCGGUACACAGAGAAGCAAUGGAAUAGUUCCCACGUGACGGAACAAGUGUUUGCACAGCGACUCACCGAAACACUCGUUGAAGAUGCGUUUCAAGAAGUGCUUCAAGAAGUUGGAAGCAUCCUUGACACAUACGUUGAGGGCCUGGUGCUGCAUGAAUUGCAGUAG